GUUUGUUGUUUCCCUCCGGAACAUGUUUUAUGUCGCGCGCUUGAAUAGAAAAUGGCGUAGCGUAAACGUUUACAUCUAGAAAUUUCUCCAAGCUUGUUUUCCCUGCAGGUUUAAAAUAAAAGGAUUAAACUAUAAAAGAUGGGGCGAAGCAGGAGCAGAUCACCUCCACGACGAGAGAGACGCCGCUCGCGCUCGUCUUCCCGGGACCGCGAGCGCAGGCGCAGGGAGAGGGAGAGAGAACGGGAACGCUCGCGCUCGCGGUCUCGAGACCGGGACCGAGACCGAGACCGGGACCGGCGUAGGAGCCGCUCGCGCUCACCGCACAGGAGACGGUCCAGGUCUCCACGGCGACACCGUUCGUCCUCGCCGUCGCCGCUCAGGCAGAAGGACAGACGAGAGGAGGAGCGGAAGGAGGUGAAGGAGAAGCCUGUGAAGGUCCAUCAGAUAUCAGCGGAGGACAUGCAGGGGAAGACAGAGGAGGAGAUUGAGAUGAUGAAGCUGAUGGGCUUCGGUUCCUUCGACACCACGAAGGGUAAGAAGGUGGACGGUUCUGUUAACGCGUACGCCACCAACGUCACUCAGAAGAGGAAGUACAGGCAAUACAUGAACAGGAAAGGUGGCUUCAACAGACCUCUGGACUUCAUCGCUUGAUCAAGGACGCAUCUCGACGACUUUAACUUCUUCUCUUUUGCUCCUUGAUUGCUGUGUUUUUGCGUUCGUUACGUGUAUAUUUUAAUUUGUGUUUGUACUGUUAAUGCUACAUGCCUAAAUAUGUUUAUAUAUAGUAUACAUAUAUACAUGCCAACAUCCUGACUUUGAAUAAAAUUUGACAUUUUA